AUCUCGUAGCAAAUAAUUAAUCAGAGGCAAAAUGUGGGCAGUACUCUUCUUUCUUGUUACAUUAAUGGUGGUGAUCUCCCAAGGGUCAGCACUGGGUCUGAACCACCAGAUUCACCUUCUCCAGCCAAAAUCUGGUUCUUGGGGUCUCCAUGUUCCGAAUAUUUCAUGUCUAAGUUGGCGACUUGGGGUGGAAACUCACAAUAUUAUUGGUUGGUCAACGGUUCCGAAAGAGUGCGAAGGCUAUGUGGGGCACUACAUGCUGGGCCAUCAGUACAGGACUGACUCGAAAGUGGUUGCUAACCAGGCUUUACUCUACGCUCAGAGCCUCAACCUCACCGGAGAUGGCAAAGAUGUUUGGAUCUUUGACGUAGACGAGACUUCGCUCUCUAAUCUACCUUAUUAUGCGGUAAAUGGAUUUGGGGCGGAGCCCUAUAAUUCUACGCUAUUCAACGCAUGGGUCCUGAAAGGCACACAACCGGCAUUGCCG